AUGGCAGAUUAUCAUUUAGUCUUUCUGUUUCUUUCUUUAAAAUAUUUCCUUUUUCUUUCCUUCUUUCUUUCAAUCUUUUCUUUACUUUUCUAUCUUUCUUGUCAUUUCUUUCUUUCUUGUUUUUCUUUUUACUUUCCUUUAUUGAAAUAUUUCCUUUUCAUUCAUCCAUUCAUUCUUUCUUUCUUUCUUUCUUUCAUUUUCCUUCUGUUAUUGAAAUAUUUCAUUUUCUUUCUUUCUUUCUUUCUUUCUUUCUUAUCUUUUCCUGAAAUAUUUCCUUUUCUUUCUUUCUUUCUUUCUUUCUUUCUUUCUUGUAUUUUCCUUCUGUUAUCGGAAUAUUUUCUUUUCUUGUCUUUUAUUGAAAUAUUUCCUUUUCUUUCUUUCUUUCUUUCUUUCUUUCUUUCUUUCUUUCUUCUAUUGGAAUAUUUCUUUUCUUUCUUUGAUUUUGUUUCUUUCUUUUAA